GUGCCAUUUCCAAAAUCUUGGUCCCACUGUGCAGCUCAAAUGUGGUGUGCACGCUGCCAAUCGCUGGAGGACAGAGUGGGGACGGGAAUGAGCAGAGUUAGGAGACCAGGACAAAGAAGUUAAAGAGCCCCUCAUAUAUACAUGUUUUUGGAGGAGGGCAGAGGGGGGAAAAAGUCACCCCCGUGAGGGUCUAUGGGUUUGAUUGUGUGGUUCUGAUGGAGCCCCCUUUGAGCAAGAGGAACCCGCCAGCGUUGAGAUUAGCGGACUUGGCAACGGCUCAGGCCAGGCCUCUUCAGAAUAUGACAGGCUUCCCAGCGCUGGCCAGCCCGCCCGCCCACUCCCAACUUCGCGCCAUAGCCACGCACCUCCGCCCUCGGGACCUGGGCGCUGACCUCGGCGUGGCCAUCACUCCGCUCGGACCCGAGCACAUGGCCCAGGCGAGCGCCCUCCGCCUCAGUCCUCCCUCCCAGGCACUCCCGGCACAGCCUGAGGCUCCCGCGGCCGCCGCCCGCGCUGCGGCCUCGGUGGCACAGCCCGGAGCCGGCACCUAUCCCGGCGGUGGGGGCAGCAGCAGCGUGCUGCCCUCCGCGCCACCGCCCCCGGCCCCUCCUCUUCCUCCCUCCCCUUCACCCCCUUCCCCUCCCCCUCCUCCUCCUGCCCUCUCGGGCUACACCACCACCAACAGUGGCGGCGGCGGCAGCAGCGGCAAAGGCCGCAGCAGGGACUUCGUCCUCCGGAGGGACCUUUCCGCCACGGCCCCCGCGGCGGCCAUGCACGGGGCCCCGCUCGGAGGGGAGCAGCGGUCCGGCACCGGCUCCCCCCAGCACCCGGCCCCGCCUCCCCACUCGGCCGGCAUGUUCAUCUCUGCCAGCGGCACCUACGCGGGCCCGGACGGCGGCGGCGGCGGCGGGGGUCCGGCGCUCUUCCCCGCUCUGCACGACAUGCCGGGAGCUCCCAGCGGCCACCCGCACCCGCUCAACGGCCAGAUGCGCCUGGGCUUGGCAGCAGCCGCGGCGGCGGCGGCGGCGGAGCUGUACGGCCGCGCCGAGCCGCCCUUCGCGCCUCGCUCCGGCGAUGCGCACUACGGGGCCGUGGCGGCCGCUGCAGCCGCCGCCCUGCACGGCUACGGAGCCGUGAACUUAAACCUGAAUUUGGCGGCGGCAGCGGCUGCCGCCGCGGCAGCCGGGCCGGGACCCCACCUGCAGCACCACGCGCCGCCCCCGCCGCCGCCACCGUCCGCGCCCGCGCCGCACCCGCACCCGCACCACCCCCACCUUCCAGGGGCGGCCGGGGCUUUCCUGCGCUACAUGCGGCAGCCAAUCAAGCAGGAGCUCAUCUGCAAGUGGAUCGACCCGGAGGAGCUGGCCCGGCCGCCGCCGCCGCCGCCACCGCCCCCGGCCGGCGGCGCCAAGCCCUGCUCCAAAACUUUCGGCACCAUGCACGAGCUGGUGAACCACGUCACGGUGGAGCACGUGGGCGGCCCCGAGCAGAGCAGCCACGUCUGCUUCUGGGAGGACUGUCCGCGCGAGGGCAAGCCCUUCAAGGCCAAAUACAAGCUCAUCAACCACAUCCGCGUGCACACGGGCGAGAAGCCCUUCCCCUGCCCCUUUCCGGGCUGCGGCAAGGUGUUCGCGCGCUCCGAGAACCUCAAGAUCCACAAGCGCACUCAUACAGGGGAAAAGCCUUUCAAAUGUGAAUUUGAUGGCUGUGACAGGAAGUUUGCCAACAGCAGUGAUAGAAAGAAACACUCCCAUGUCCACACCAGCGACAAGCCCUACUACUGCAAGAUUCGAGGCUGUGACAAAUCUUACACUCACCCGAGCUCCCUGAGGAAGCACAUGAAGAUUCAUUGCAAGUCUCCACCGCCUUCUCCAGGAGCCAUUGGCUACUCAUCAGUGGGGACUCCACUGGGUGCCCCCUUGUCCCCUGUGCUGGACCCAACAAGGAGUCGCUCUACCACUCUCUCCCCUCAGGUGACCAACCUCAAUGAGUGGUACGUUUGCCAGGCCAGUGGGGCCCCCAGCCACCUCCACACACCUUCCAGCAACGGAACCACUUCUGAGUCUGAAGAUGAGGAGAUGUAUGGGAACUCUGAAGUUGUGCGGACGAUACAUUAGAAUUUAUUAAAAAUAAUAGCAAAUAAAAUAGUAAAUGGGAGUCCUUGGACCAUAUCCUAACCUGAGACAAUGCUGAGCCUGGGAAAAUCUGUGACUCAGACUUGCCACCGGGUCUAAUUAGCCCUAUUUAUUUGGUAUGAAACCCUAUGGUGUUUGUACAUUUAAUUAAUUUAAUUAAGAUAUUUGGGCUUCCCCCCCCCUCCCUAGAAAACAAACAAAAAACCAAGCUGGACUUUACACAUUGCAGGGGGACAGGGCUGGGAGCAAAUUGUACCAAGAAAAAUGAAUGGAGAGUAGUUGAUCAAGAUACACACUGCUAAUAAUAUAUAUAUAUAUAUAUAUAUGGAGAGAGAGAACAAUAAGUCAGAACUCAACAGAGCAACAAGGCCCUCUGCAUUUCCUAGAGUGCCUUGCAAAUGCCUUUGAUACCAUAACAUGGGCUUCUUUGGAGCCUCUUAGCCUCCUCCUUGGGCCCUAAUUCUGCAAAGUCCUCUUGAUUGUAAACCACACACUUGCUGCAUUGCCAACAGAUCUUGGGACUCUUAAGACUGUACCUGUGUCCAAAAAUAUUUGUAAAAACCUUUUAAGUUCUAUUGUCAUUUUCCAUUUCCACUUUUUAUUACUGAUCCCACCUAAACACUGUAUUUUUACACAGGAUAUUCAGUACCCUGCUUGUAUGAUUAAAAAAAAAAAUGCAGCAACCUUACUACAUUUCCAUAUAUUGUGCUACUGUGAUUGUUCAAGCAAAAGUGGAGAUAAGAGAAAAAGCCGCUGCAAAAGACAACUGUGAAACUGCUAUUUUAUAAAAUAGAAGAAAUUCAAGUGCUUUCUUUUUCCUGAUUUUUUAGAACUGAAAUCUCCGAUGCUGCCUCUUUACUAUGUUCAAACUUGUGUAAUAAGGAAAUUAUGUUUUAGAUGCUAAGUUCUUUGGGAUGCCAGAAUUAACAGGCAAGGCUAGGGAGGUGUGAAGUUGGCGGCAUGCCUAUUUUUUUGAAAGCUGUUGUUUUUAAAAUAGGCCAACUCCCCUUUUAUACUCUUGUAUUAACCUUUUAAAAAGCCUUUAUUUUUCGAUGCCCGAAAGUGCAUUUUAAUGCAUUUUCUUCCACCUGAGCACUGAGCACACGGAACUCUGUCCCAUUUGAAAAUGACAGUGUGUGAAGUGUAUGAUUUACAUUAAAAGAGGGGAGGGAGUUGCUAUACAUAUUAAAAUUUUUAAAAGGUUUAUAGUUACCACCAAACAUUGAUGAAUGUGUGACCUUUGCCAGAGCUGUCAAGCUAGGAUAAAAAAGGUCAAGGACCUAGGACAAUAACUCUUAGUCAAUUUAUUUUCGGUUGGUACAACACAUCUUGUGUGCAAAAUGUAGUCCAUCAUAAACAUCAUACAAAUACACUAAAGAGCACUAAUUUAUCCUCGGAGACCCUGAAGACACCCCUCCCCAGGGUUUGUAGAAACUUGUUUCGUGUACUGUGAGUGGUUGUAGUGUUAUUGUUAAUAACCUGUAUGGGAACACUAUUUGUACAGCUGAAUUAAUUUAUUUUCAGACAUCCUUUUUUCUUUCCUGGAAGAGUUCAAAGCACACCAAAGAAUUAUAUUAUACAUUUUGGUGAAAGAUUGUUGUUUAUGAUCCAUGGUUUAUUUAAAAAAAGAAAAAGGAGAGAAAAUGGAAACAUAUAUUUUUAAACUUACUUGAAUGAACAACGUAAUGUGAAACCAGGACUCUUCCUGCAUGUCUUUUUUGCAUUGUGUUGAGAUUAUAUAUAGUUUAUAGAUAUAUUAUAUUCCUAGUACAGUGCAUGGUGCUGUCACUUUGAAAGCCUUUCAAUGUUGUCUUCAAAUUGUUAUGGUGAAUAUUAAACAUGCAGACCCUCCUUUAUAAAGAAAAAAGAUCAUAAAACUUGAUAUAAAAUGAGUCUACAUUUAAAAGUUUAUUUGAUUUUCCUAUUCACUUUCAAAUCUCUUUCAAAUAGACAAAAAAGGUAUGAACUUUGGGGGGAUAAUUUAUGUAUUGUAAACUUAUUAGAACAAAAUAUUUCUGAUUUGUAAUGAGUUGUUUUAUUUAUACAACUUUUUCAAUGGUAGUUUGCACUAUUCUUUAUUAUGCUACAGGUUUAUUUAUUAUGAAACAAAAGAAUAUGUAUUUUAUGUAUUUUGCCAUGCAUAGGUUAACCCUGCCACAGAUUUAUUGGUUCCUGAUACACCUAAAAUGAAAAACUUAAAAUGUGUACCUUCAAUAGAAAGCAAGGAUGAUUAUGGAGUAAAAAUUUAAUAAAGGUA